UUUAACUUGCUCGUGUCUUUUUUCUCUUUAUCGCAUACUAGUAGUGACUAACUGAUUGGUGACUACAGAACUGCUAGCUAACCUAAUUGUCAUCUGUUGGUUCCUUCAAGAUCUCAAGCCCGGGCCCACACGGACAUGUUUUUUGCGGGCAAAGAUAUAAGUCGAAAACGACAGAGACCAUAUCCGUGAGAUAAACGUAUAUGCGAGGUCUCAACCGCCAAUGUGUCACCGGUAUAAAUACAUGGCCAUAGCGGAGUGGAAAUACAGGUUCGCCGCAUCUCCACUUGCGAGUUCGAGUAGCGACACGCACGCACGUCCCGCCGGCCAUGGACGACGAGCUGCUCUCCCCGUGCUCCUCCUUCUUCCCGGUCUCGCCGCCGUCCGGGCAGUUCGAGCACCAUCACCACCAGUUUAUCGAGUUCGCCUCCUGCGAGGUCCCCGAGCAAUGGCUGCUCGGCGACGUCGUCGUGCCGGCCAAGAGCGAGGACGCGGGGGACCUGUGGCCCGAGGGGUCCCUGCUGUCCACGGACUCCGAGCUCUCGGAGCUGCCGGCGGCGAGCCUCCCUGCCUCCACUGAGUCGACACCGCGGCCGGCGGCCAAGCGGCGUGGGAGGAAGCCCAGGCCACGCCCCGAGGGCCCCACUGUCAGCCACGUGGAGGCGGAGCGGCAGCGCCGCGACAAACUGAACCGCCGCUUCUGCGACCUCCGCGCUGCCGUCCCCACCGUGUCCCGCAUGGACAAGGCCUCCCUCCUCGCCGACGCCGCCGCAUACAUCGCCGAGCUGCGCGCCCGUGUGGCCCGGCUCGAGGACGAGAGCAAGCAGGCGGCCGCCGCGAGGUGGGACACUAACUCGGCGUCCCGCAGCGGUGGCGGCGCCUCCUUGCAGCACUUUCUAGCCGGCGACGAGACGGUGGAGGUGCGAAUGGUGGGACGGGACGCGGCGGCGCUGCGCGUGACGACGGCAGCGGGGUCCGCUCCGUACGCGCCGGCGAGGCUGAUGAGCGCGCUCCGCUCGCUUGAGCUGCAGGUGCAGCACGCGUGCGUGAGCCGCGUGCAGGGCGCGACGGUGCAGGACGUCGUGGUGGACGUGCCCGCCGCGCUGCAGCACGAUGACAGCGCCGCCCUCCGCUCCGCGCUGGUCCAGCGGCUACGCGACAGCGCCUAGAGCUCCGCUACGUUAUCUCGUGAGCAGGUAUAGUACAUCACGACUCACGAGACGACUCCAGCGUACGGUAGAUGCCACAUAUUGUAAUUCUGUCGCCUUUGCUGCGUGUCGUCCAUGGAAUAAAUCCGAGUGAUUGAUUCAACAUCACUUGGUGCCAAGAUCUACGAGUAUAUUGUAAACAGUGACCAGUGAAGGCUUGUUUGGAUCUAUGCGUACAGAUUGAGUAUAUUUACGCACGUGUGUUACUAGUGUUA